GGAGGUCGUUGCUCCGAACACAUCACAAAAAGCCCAGUUCGGGCGCAAACCACGCAGCAGAGCCAGCAGGUUGUUCUGAAGGCGAUGUGAAGUGUUUACUAAACAUGAUGAGAGACAAAGAAGCGCACAGCGAGACCAUGAAGGCUCAGGAGCAGGCGAGCAAGGCACAGGCGAAGCCUGAGCCAGCUGCGAAGAGUGCGCCCGUGCCACGGGGCCAGUGUGCGGUGGGCGAUGUCAAGUGUCUGUUGAAAAUGGAGCGGCGGAAGGCUGAGGAACAGGCGAGCAAGGCACAGGCGAAGCCAGAGCCAGCUGCGAAGAGUGCGCCCGUGCCACGGGGCCAGUGUGCAGUGGGCGAUGUCAAGUGCCUUUUGAAAAUGGAGCGGCGGAAGCAGGCAUUCACUGAGGCCGAGCAGGAACCAACUCCUGCAACUGGCAGCCCAGGUGCUAAGAAGGGCAAGAGAGCAUCGGGCCAGCCUGCAGCAGCCAAAGGGAAAAAGGCAGGGACGAAGAGGCGGUCUGGCUCCGCAACCAAAUGUGCAGAAGGCGAUUUGGAGUGCAUCCAGAAUCAAGGCACAAAGAAGAGCAAGCAGGGCAAAGCAAAAGGCCAGUCCAAACGCCCUGGGACGGGUACAACAGGCAGCAAGAAGUCUGGGCAAGGUGCAAGAAAGCGAGCGCAAGGUGGAAAGUCUGGUGGACGCCAAGGAGUGCAGAAUGGCAGGGGAAAUGGUGGCAAGAGACAGCAAGGUUCGCCUGGCGGGUCUAACCGCCAGGCACAGCAGCAAAAGCCCCAACCUACUGCCCCAUCCCCCAACCCAGCUGCCUCGUCGGCUGCCGAGACCACCCCAGCCCCUGCCCCUGCGCCUGUGCCAGCUCCUACCCCUGAGCCUGUGCCAGCUCCUACCCCUGAGCCUGUGCCAGCCCCUGAGCCUGUGCCAGCCCCUGAGCCUGAACCGGUUCCUGCCCCUGAGCCUGAACCGGUUCCCGCCCCUGAGCCUGUGCCUGCCCCUGCCCCUGAGCCAGUGCCAGUGGCUGUUCCCGACCCGGAGCCAGUGCCAGUGGCUGUUCCCGACCCGGAGCCAGUGCCAGCACCUGUUCCUGAUCUGGAGCCAGUGCCUGCACCUAUUCCCGAAGUGAUGCCAGCACCCAUCCCCGAGCCUCUUCCUGUGCUGCCUCCCGAUCUGCCAGAGCCAUUCACGCCAUCGCCAGCCCCUGAGCCCGAUGACGAGCCAGAUUUCUUUGGGCAGUCGGUUGUCCCAGAUUACCCAGCAGAACAAGGAUUCGCAGCAGCGCCGGCACCGCUCCAAGUCUUUUCGCAACAAGAGGCAGUGGCUGAAGGAUACACACAGCCUCCAGAUGUGAAUUUCCUGCAGGAGCCAGUGGUUGUUCAGCCACCGACAAACUACCUGCCACAGACAGAUUAUGUGCAGCCACCAAUGGAGUACUUUCCCCAGACGGACUAUGUGCAGCCGCCAGCAGAGCACCUGCCGCAAGCAGGCUAUGUGCCACCGCAGGCUGACUACGUGCUGCCGCAGGCUGACUACGUGCCACCGCAGGCUGAUUACGUGCCGCCGCAGGCUGACUACAUGCCGCAAACUGAAUUCUUCCCACCACAAGGCGCUGUGCAGCCACCUCUGUAUGCCAACGAUUAUGGCGAGUAUGACUGA